CAAAGAAAUUUAGCUAUGCAUGAUUAUGUUGUCAACAACAGCCAUAAUUCGGUAAUCCCAGCAGACAAUCAUGAUAAAAAAUUCAAAUUAAGAAUCAACAACACCCGUCCAAUGAAGAACAAGCCAAACUUGUGCUGCUAUCCCUCCCUAACAAAGCUGGUUGAGAAGAACAGAAGCUGUUGGCGACGUUGGCUCUUUCACGAACAGAUCUGGGUGGGUGUUCUCCCUUCUGCUGCUGCUGGUGAACAACAAAUGCGGGUGGUUGGGAUUUUGGGCGGCUGGAUGCUCUUGACCUCUUGCGCAGAACAACUCCUUCUUGCUUGGCUCACACCUAGAAAACAUAGCCCAAUUCUCUUUAUUUCUGCACUCUGUCAAUUGUCAAAACUGUCAACUUCAACUUAAAUUCUGUAUUGAUACAGAAGGAACUGGGUUGAGUUCAUAAAACAUCAAUUGUAGCUCUGCUUCUUAGCUUUCCAAUGCCUAAAGAAUCAACUCAAUCCGAUAUCUAGAGAAAAAGAUAUGGUUAAAUUACUGCAGCAUGUGCAAAUUGUCACUUAUUGCAGAAUUAAUUCCUAUCUUAAUU